AUGCCACAAAAUCUUUCACUUCUAGAUAGAUAUCCUAAAUACAUGGAUGAUUUUUAUGAAAGCAAAGGAAAAAUUUUUUAUGAUGAAGAUAUUCGAUUAACAUUACCUCCAUCACCUGUUAAAACUUGA